AAGCCUCCGCCCUGCCUCCCUGGUCCCUUCCCCUGUCUCAUGGCCCUGCCCACCAGCCCCAGCCCUACAGAUACUGGGGUUGUCCUUGGGCACUGGGAGCUACUGCAGAAUUCAGAGCAGGAGAGAGCCCCAGGGACCCGCCAGCAGGCAGAACCCACACUCAGACACAUUCCGGAUGGCGAGACUCACACUUCAAGCGCACUUUGGGGAGAGCCCUCACCCCCAAAGCCCCCAGUCCCCACCUGCGGGAGAGACUCAGUUUCCUGCUCGGGCGCCUUCAGCCGCUGCUACAAGCUGACAGACAUGUCCACGAGCGCAGUGUUCGCCCUCAAGGUGGUGCCUCGGAGCGGGGCCGGGGCUGGGCGCCUGCAGCCCCGGGGGAAGGUGGAGCGGGAGAUCGCCCUGCACAGCCGGCUGCGACACCGCAACAUCGUGGCUUUCCAUGGACACUUUGCCGACCGUGACCACGUGUACAUGGUGCUGGAGUACUGCAGCCGCCAGUCUCUGGCCCACGUGCUGAAGGCGAGGCAGACCCUGACAGAGCCCGAGGUGCGCUAUUACCUGCGGGGCCUGGUCAGCGGCCUGCGCUACCUGCACCAGCGGCGCAUCGUGCACCGGGACCUGAAGCUGAGUAAUUUCUUCCUGAACAAGAACAUGGAAGUGAAGAUCGGAGACCUGGGCCUGGCUGCUAGGGUGGGGCCGGGGGGCCGCUGCCACAGAGUGCUCUGCGGGACCCCAAACUUCCAGGCCCCAGAGGUUGUCUCCAGAAAUGGGCACUCCUGCCAGUCAGACAUCUGGGCUCUGGGCUGUAUCAUGUACACGGUACUGACCGGCACCCCACCCUUCGUGGCGGCACCCCUGUCCGAGAUGUACCAGAACAUCCGCGAUGGCCACUACCCCGAGCCUGACCACCUGUCGCCCAACGCGCGCCACCUCAUCGCCCGCCUCCUGGCCCCUGACCCCGCCGAGCGGCCCAGCCUGGACCACCUGCUGCAGGACGACUUCUUCACACAGGGCUUCACUCCGGACCGGCUGCCGCCCCACUCCUGCCACAGCCCACCCAUCUUCACCGUCCCCCCGCCUCUGGGGAGGCUCUUCCGGAAGGUGGGCCAACUGCUGCUGUCCCAGUGCCGGCCACCCUGCUCCUUCACUCCGAAAGAGGCCUCGGGUCAUGGGGAGGACGAGCAGGACCCUGACUCCAUGGAGUGGGGCAGCGAGCUCUCCCUGUCCGAGAGGGAGGCUCCCUGCCCGGAGGCCCCCAUCCGCCUACUUACGCAGGGCACCCUCCGGAGUGACCCAGCAGGGCUGGAGGGGAGCCAGAGGCCGGAGGUGGAGGCAGCCAUGAGGAACCUGCAGCUCUGCCUGGAUGCUGGGCCCUCGGCCACACAGGACCCCCCAGGGGAGCAGCGACCCGUCCUCUGGGCCCCCAAGUGGGUGGAUUAUUCCAGCAAGUACGGCUUUGGCUACCAACUCUCUGAUGGGGGCCGGCGUCCUGCUCAGGGAUGGCACCCACAUGGCCCUGCGCCCCCCAGGAGGGAGGGGACCCUGCCCGCGCCCUCGCCACCCGCCGGGCCCAGCCUCUGCCUGCUGCGCUUUCUGGCAUCCGAGCAGGUCCUGCUGCUGCUCUUCAGCGACGGGACAUUGCAGGUCAGCUCCAGGGGCGUCCAGGCCCAGCUGGUGCUGAGUGGCGAGGGCGAGGGGCUGCUGCUCACCCAGUGGGAACAGGGCCACCCCGGCACCUCCUGCUCCCCGGGUGUCCUGCGGAGCCACGGCUGCACCCCGGCCACCCGGCAGCGCCUUCGCCAGGCUCUCCGCAUGCUGCAGAGCAUCUAGUACCACCGAGGGUCAGAGUGGACCCCUGCAUGAUGGUGCCAGGGACCCAGGCGCCUUUUCUAUUCCUUGGCGAGACCUGAGGGCAACGCAGGAGGCGUGGGAGGGUGUGACCCCCACUUGUGGCAUGACUGUUCACCCCAGACUUUUGUUGGGCUUUGUUUCUUUUUCAUUAAAGAAAACACGAUGCUUUAGA